CCCGAAAUUAUCACCAGUUACGCUUUAAUUCGGGAUAAAACAAGUUUUUAAGCAUACUAAAUUUAUACAAUAACACUAAACAAUGUUUUGAGUUUACUUCUUUCUCCGUAUUAAUGUGCAUUUUAAAAAUUAAACACAAUAAAUGAAAGAUGAGCUCAUGAGUUCAAAGUUGAAAUCAAACCAUGAUCAACCAAUUGUAAGCCCCGAAGGUAACAGGCAUGUUACAUGACGGUAUGACUUAACAUCAGAGUUUCCAAAUGACACCCCAACACAGACUCUGCAUAGAAUCACACUCACUAUUAGAUUUGAAUGGACAUGGGUGAUGGUUCAUUCAUAGAUGAAUUCAGCCAUUCAGAUUUAUUUGGCCAUGAUGAUGGGGCCUCCGGAUUUGAUUGGGCAGAUGAUCUCAUUUCAGCUGUAGAAGUUGAAGAUAGACCAACAAGUAGAAGUUCAGUGCUAGAAACAUCAGUCGUUAAUAACAAUCAGCAGUCUGUCCAAUAUGGCCAGACUUCUGGACAAUUGUCUAGUCAGCCUGCUGGUGGUACUGUCAAUUUACAGUUUGUUCAAAGUAAUACAACCCAGACGGUCCAACAAGCUACUGUCCAGCAACAACCUGCUCAACUGCUGCCAAAUCUUACCAACUUAAGCCAGGGUGGUCAGCUGUUUCAAGGAGUAAAUGGACAAUUGUUUCUCAAGACAUUACCAAAUGGACAGUUCCAGUUAGCCACCCAACCUCAAAUCCAGCAGAUUCAGCAACAUCCUCAACAAUCCUCUAGUCCAAUUCCAAUCCAGCCUCAUCCUCAAGGAUCUCCUCACAUCCAUCAGACACCAAACCAAAGUCCCAUACCUAUCAGUUCACCUCAUGUUGGUUCCUCCUCAUCGUCAGCCUCACCUCAUGCGAGUCGAUCUCUUACUCCACUACAGCAGCAAAGGCAAUAUCAAAAUGUUAACAUGCUUCAGAUUCCAGGAUCGCAAUCACAGCAGCAGAUCAUUAGAAAUCUACCAAUCAGUAGUCAGAUCUCAAACAUAAGUAACUUUCAGACUCAACAAAUUAUCCAAUCUCAAGGCCAUAUAUUAUCGAAUCAAGGUCAGGUGCUACAAAGUCAUGGACAUACUCAAGUACCUAAUCAAGGACAAAACUAUGUAAAUACACAAAAUACUGUUAUACAAAAUCCAAAUGUUGUCAAUGUCAAUGUAGCACAUGUUUUGUGUUCAAGUCAGUUUCAAGGUCAACAAGGGCAGAUUCAAGGGACUUUAAUCCAGACUGCUGAUGGAAAGCAUAUCAUUAUUCCAAGUUCUCAGUUGCCUUCAAAUAACCAAUUUCAGAUUCAGAAUGUCAAUCAAAUGCUACAGCCACAGAUUAUUCCUACGUCAAGUGGCACUGGAACGACCCCAUUAGUACAAGGAGGUCAGGUGGUUGAAACAAAUGCUGCUGCAUUGGGGGGAAUGGGAUACAUCAGAAUUGCAACUCCUACAAGCUCUAGUCAAGAGACAAAAGUGCAGCCACAAACAGCAACACAUUUCUUAGGUUUAAAUCAACAGGGUCAGCAGAUAUUGAUUCAAAGACAACCAACGCCUACACCAGGCCAGAAUAUCGUAUUACGGCAAGUCACACCACCAAAUGUUCUGCAAUUACCACAGCAACAAACACUUGCAUCAAAUCAUGUCUUACCGCAGACAACUCAAGCUACUCAACAAAUUCUCCUACCACAGGUUCAGAAAAUUAUGACGGGUUCACAAGGUCAGCAACAGGUCAAACUUGUUGCUGCUGGUAAUCAUCUACAGUCUAACAAUUUACCGAUGACAAUUAACAUUGGAGGUCAGAAUGUCAUACUUCCAUCAAAUAUCCAACAGCUCAUUCAACAACAACAAUUAAAUCAACUUCAAAAGCAGGCAAGUUCCACUGAAAAUCUACAUCAGACUAAAUCAUCUAUCGCCAACAUGGUGAUGGCAACAUCAACAUCAACUAGUAACUUGAUAUCUAGUGGCCAUAAUUCAACACAGUUAUUGAACACUUCUAUGAUGAACAGUCCAGCAUCUAGUUCAAGUCAAGUGUCCCAAGGGCAUAACAUAACAUCACAAGUUCCAACAUUUCUUUUACCAAAUGUGACUUCUAGCACAGCUAAUAUGACUCCAGUGACAACAACGGUAUCACAAACAAAACAAAUGGUCUCACAAAUCAAUAUAAGUAGUAGUCCAAAAAUGUACCAGACUAUACCUUCAGUAGCUAGUAGUGUUACAUCGACUGUCACUACGGGUAAACCAUUCUUAUCAGCUGUCAACAAUGCUCCAAAACUACCAAUGACAACAAUUCAGUUGACACCUCAAGCACAACAGAAGAUAAAUGCUAUCCAAAAGGAAAUUCGUAAACUGCAAUCACUGAAGGAUCCUACAGAUCAACAAAAGCAGCAGUUGGUGCGAUUUAGUGAAGCUCUAAAACAAAUUAUAGCCAAAGGUCAUAUCAAAAUACAGCCAGCUCAAGGACAAAUACAAUUACAGCAAGUUUCAAGUAAUCAGACAUCUAAUGCCAUGCCCAUGUUCAUUGGUCAACCUGCUGUGUCCGUUCCACAGCUUGGUCAUGUCCUUGCACAUCACCAAACAUCCACGACUCCAUCACAGUCAUCAUCAAGUCCAUUGGUCAAUCAAAGUCAAGCUGCAGGAGCUGUGCAAUCUCAAAUUAGUGGUGGACUACCAGCACAAGGUCUAGUCACCAGUGAUAGUUCAUUUACAUCAAUGUGCACUACAAAAUCUGUUCAGUCUCAGUCUGGAUCUAUCAUGUCUAUUUCACCAACAGGGAACAAGUCCCAACAGCAACCAGUUCAACCCUCUAAUGUUACUAUACUAGGUCAAAGUCAGGCAGGAAUGUUAUUACAACAGGGACAAUCUGGUAGUGUUCUUAAGAUGGCAAUUCAGUCCAACCAAAAUGUCACACCAACAGCUGGAGAAAAUAGUACUGUGUCCACUCCUGUGAAAAUGGGGUCUAUAGUAGUACCUGGGAAUGUCCCGAUUAAUCCUAAUCCACAAGUUGCAGUACCAACACAAAUUAAGAUUGCUAGCCAUCUCUUGACCUUGAACUUGACCCCAGAUCAGAAGGAUAAAGUUCAGAAGAUGUUGUCAACAAUGCCUCAAGAACAACAGCAACAACAGAUGGCACUGUUCCUAAAACUUCAACAACAACAGAAGAUGAAUGCUCAAGUUCAAGCACAGUUACAACAUCAGAAAAAGCUGCAACAAAAUGUACAAGGCACUUCAAAUAUACAGGCACAGCUACCUUCAACUAUACAACCUACAAUUAUUCCUAUUGUUCCAAGUACAACAGCAAGUACUAUACUGCUAGAACAUCCUGGGACAUCACCGUCUAAACCAAAUAUAGUUCAUAGAGUGUCUGUAGCUGCUAUCCCCAAACAUCAAUUAAUUCAUCAACAGAUGGGAAAAGAUCAAGCUAAUGCCAUUGUCACAGAUACCAAAACUCCAUUUAGAAAUCAACGUGAUACAUAUAGAAGACUUUUAAGAUAUCAUGUCUUUCAAACAAAAAAUCCACCUGAUGAUUUAGUGAAAAAAGAUGAUGAAAUGUUUGAUGAUUUAUCAGAAGGCCUUGUUCGUAAGAAGGAUUGGAUGUUUGAAAAAUAUCGCAGUUUAAUUCUUGAAGAAAGUAUGAGGGAAAAACAGACAGCUGAAAUAAUGAUGAUACAAAAAAUGUUGAAUGAAGAUCUCAAAGAAACACUAGAGGACGAAAAAAGGGUUAUCAAAAGAAAUCCAGAUGAGUUUGAUCCAAUGCCAAGAAAAUAUUUGAAAUUAGAGCCUGGGACAGAUGAAAGCCCUGAUAUCAAAUUUGAUCCAAACAGUAUUCAAAUCAAACGUGAAAGGGUCCAAGUUCCCUCCCCUUCUACUCCUACUCCUUUGAUUAAGAAGGAAAGUUUUGAAAGUGACAAUUCCAGGCCUUCAACGCCAAAAUUCAAACUGGUCAUCAAAUCAAGUGGUCAAGGAUACUCUAGUUCAAUAACGGAGGAAGAAAUAGAGCAGACUAAUGUCUUAGAAUCAAGUGACACCAAAGAUAUGAAUUUUAUGAGUGGUAUUCAUGUAAAGGAGGAACAAAUAGAUAUAGAUAGUGAUGAUGUGCCAUUAGAUAGGACACUGGAACCAUUUGAAUCUUACUCACGAGACAGAAACAGUGAGUCUAACAUUCAUUCGGAUGAUCUCAUCGAUGAUGGUGCUGAUAGUGAUUCUGACGUCACUGUUGUUAGUGAUGAUGACGAUAAUAAGACAAAUGAUGCUAUUGUGAUAGACGACGAUGAUGAUGAUGAUGAUAAUCAUGAAGAGGACGAGGACGGUGAUAAUGAGAUGGAGGAGGAUGACAAUGAAGAUAAUAGUGAAAAUUCUAAGGGGGAUAAUUUUGAUGAAAUUAUGUCUCGAAAAUCUUCUGUUGAACCGGUUAUCAAGCAUGAAGACAUAUCAAAUGAUGACUUCAAUGACUUUUUCUCAAACAAGUAUGAGUCAGGCUCAUCAGAGUUGUCAUACUAUACAAGGACUACACAACAAAAUCCCUUAACGGCUGAUAAUAUAAUAUCUAGUUUAGCAUCAGUAGAUCAAAUCUCAAAUGAUGUAUCAUACUCUCAAAAUUCAGAUGCUCAUUCGGCUCAUAAUUCAGAUGCUCAUUCUACACAAACAAUUCCAUACAGUGAGGACGGAAACUCAAUAAAAGACGAGGACUUGAGUAAUGACGUGGACUACAAUAAGUCUGCGUCAUCAUUCGCACAUUACGAACCCAUCUCAUCACCGGAAGCUGACCAAAGUGAAUCAUUUUCUAACUAUUUACCUCAAUAUGAUUCAUCAUCAUUUAAUUUAGGUGGUAUUAGGGAUCAACAUUUACGUUACGGUUUAUCAAACCCAACGAGGGAAAGCUUAUCAAAUAAUCACAUGACAGGAAGUGAAUCAUGGGAAGAGGAGAUGGAGGAAGAAUCAGAAAAUGCUGACAAAAUUAAGGCAGAGAUGGAAAGUGCAAUAAAUUCUAUACUUAGUCUUAAUUAAUUGUGAAGAAUUUUUUUUCUAUUUUUAAAGGUUGUGUUUCUUGCAGAAAAUUUGUACAUAAUUUAAUUUAUUACAACAACUUGCAUGUAUAUUAUGUUUUUUUACUUUAUUGUGCACUUCUGUAAAACAUAAAAAAAAUCAAACUUAAGGACUGUUCAGCAUAUCUUAGUAUCUGCAAAAAGUGAUUUUUCAUAAACAUGAUAAAAAUUAUGUACUAAAAAUAAAAAGGAGAAAAACUUAUGUAUUGUAUCUUUAACUAUCUCCAAGUUGUAAAUAUUAUCCCCUUAAAUGGCAAAAAACUGUCUCCCAUUCAUUAUUGUUUAAAAAUACAGUAUGUGAAUUUUGUUGUAUUCAUGGUAACAUAUGACAGACACCAUGACAAAUAUAGAUGAUGUCACAAUACAAGCACAUGGUGUUGCAUUAAAAUAUUUUUGUUUUUUUCUAAGAAAUUUUAAAGUGGAAAGUUUCUUUGUAUAUCAAUAUUUGUUCAUCUAAGGUGAAUUUUUGGGUUCAAUCGGCUACACGGUAGUACAAUUUCAAUGUCAUGGGUAAAUAAAAGAUGUUAUUGUAUCCUGUGGUCAAUUUAGUAUACACCACGUGGCUAUUUGAAUGUCGUUACUGCAUUUCACAAACUUACCUGAAAAAUAUUGGAGUCACAAGAAAAAUGUCUGAUGGCUAAAAUCAAAAGUGAUUGUUGUUGACAUCAAUAGUCCAAUUGUCACAAAUUUCCAAAUAGAAAUAAGGUCUGUAUGUACGUAACAUACAAUCUAUCAAUUUUUGUCCGUCCAAAAAAAAAUAGAGAUUUUUAUAUUAUUUAUUACUCAUAAAGCCAAAUGCUUAAAUUUCUUAUGGCUUAAAUUUUCAACAAUAAAUGUUUACUACAAUUAUGAUACUCAGACUCAUUUAAAUGUUUAAAAAAAAAAUUUUUAACUUUUGAUACAGAUUUUGCUGUUAAAGCAUUUAGACAUUUUAAAAUAGAAUGUAAUUAUCCUAGGGAGUCCUCAAGAUCAUUUGAAAAAUAAUUGUUGAAAUCUGUAAUUUUUACUUAUUAAAAUUUUGCAAUUAUUCAAUAUUGUAAAAGAAUUACUACUUCAUCACAAGCCAUGACAAAAGUUUGCUGAAAAUAGUUGCCAAUUUUUACUUUAUAUGUAGUGCUAGUGCUUUGUAGAAUUCACAGUUAUUCUGUUCGUUCAAAUCCAUUUUAUAUUUAGCAUUCUUUAUUCACUUUCUAGUUAUUGCAAAAAGGUUGACAGGGCACUAACAGAUUUUGUGAUUUGUAUUUAUAUGUUGUAAUAUAUUUGCCUCUGUUAUUUUUCAUGGGGUUUUAAUGUAGGCAGAUAUGAAAAUGAACAAACACUAUAUUCUGUAUCAAAUAGGUUCUCAAAGAAAUGUUUGAAUUAUGUAUUGUAUUUUUAACUUAAUUCAGAAAUAAGGGUCAAGACUGGAAUUUAAAAAUAAAAAUGACAUUUUUUGAAAGUGUGAAAUUUACUAAUAACACUAACUCGAGCAAUUUACAUACACUGGUAAAUUGCAUAGAUAUGAUAUUCAAAUUUUCUAGACUUUAGAUUUGCCUAAAAUACAUUUUUAAUAGAUAACUAACAAGGAAGACCAGAAUGUAUUAAAAAAUUCAAAAAAAAAAAUUCUUGGAAAUUGUGAUAACAAAUCUGUAUUUAUAAAUGAUUUAAUAAAAAAAAAAAAUGUUUAUGGUUGUUUGAGCAAACAAAAUUGAAAAGAACUAACAAAGUUGUGAGAAAAAAAAAUUAAGCAGACAAAUUAUUUUGUAAGUAUUUAAAAAGAAACUUACAAAAUACUGAAUUUAAAGUUUUCAUUUCUGUUUUACACUAAAAAGUGCAAUCUGGAACAACCCAUAUCCAGUAAGCCCAAAACAAAAGCAUUGUAAUUCAAAUACAUAAAACAUAUGUAAUGCACUUAAGGUAUCCUACACUUAACUUAAUUUACUUUUUUAACAUGUACAUAAAUGCCCUGGACCUUUUUGUAUUGUGUAUUACCAAAGGCCAUUAAGUUACAAAUGUGAAAAAGAAUUGCCAAAACUAUUGAUAAUGUGAAAUAAAUUAUAUUAUAUAUGUCAGAUUCAUUUGUCAUUAUUUAUUUUUUAGAUUUAUUUUGUAAUUUUGUACUGAACGCUGAAUGUUCUGCGUAGUCAAUAUUCAUUUGUUAAUAAUACACCCAUAUUUUCAUGUUUUUGUAGAGUUGUCUACCUUUAGCCAUACAUAUAGGAUUGUUUAGAUUGGUGCUUUAAAAAGAUAUUUUGCAAUUCUAUUCUGCUUAAUCCAUUCAAUUUAUUCUUCAUGAAUCAGUUAUGAUUACUUUAAAAUUACUAAAUUAGUGCAUUCUUAAUAGAGAUAUGAAUUUAUCAGUUUUAAAUUUACAUAUAUGGCCAUGGUUUGAAACAGGACAACAUGAAGGAAUUCUAUUUGAGUCAAAACUUUUUCUCAUGUUUAACAAUAAGAGGAACCCGUAUUAUUUCCAUUGGCAUUACAGAGAAUUUGGCAAGGCAUUAUUGGAAACUAGAAUUAAAAUUUUAUUGUGUAAAAAAAGUUAUUGCUAUUUUAAUUUCAAAAUAGUCAUCUUGCAGGAGGUAGGCAUGUUGGUUGACUCAAUUGCAAGGAAUGAGAGGAAGAUAAUAUUUCACAUAAAUUUUGAAUUUCAUGUUAAAAGAAUAUUUCAGUAAAAUAACGAGGUAUUAAUUAAGAUAGUUGUUUUUCCGUUUGCAAGUAAAUUCUGUUAGUAAGAGAUCUAAACCAAAGGAUAUCUGUAUUUUAGUAUAAAAGGCUACUCUGGUAUUACUUUUUGUAUAUAUUGAUAAACUAAUAGAAAGAAAUAUUCGUUUUGCUGGUCAAAUUUUAUGAAAAAAUGGGGUUUUAAAUCUGAUAUAAUGAAAUUUGUAAUUAUAUUGCCAUUUUAUAAAGAAUUGUGCUAUGAUUUGAAGAAAUCCAAUGACAGAUGUACUUGCAUCCCACCAAAUAAUCAAUUAUUGACCAAUCAAAACUGCUGUAUUUAUUGCCAUCAUGUCAUGUGUUGUUAUUGUUUAUGUCACAUUGUGCUGCAUAUCAUGUCAAAAUCUGUUGAAGAAACAUUUGUAUAAAAAACAGGAAAUAGA